AUGCAGACAGGCAUGCAGCUCCGCAACCUGUUUGUUAUGCUGUUGAUUCACUGUCAUCCUGUGGAGCCAGCAGUGCUUUGGAACCAAUUCAAGGACAGAAUAUGUGACAACCUCAGGCAUCGGCUUAUUCAAACAGGCAUAGAGGAUCGCUCUGAAGCUCAAGUGUGGGAUUACGGACUAUUC